AUGCUGGACCUUUCGUCUCAGUUUUUCCUCACUGAGGCUGUACUGGGACAACCUACAGCCCUGUCGUGCGUAAGCCAGCUGCAGGAACUCAACCAGUACGUUCCCGUUUCGGUGCACAGCGGACCUCUGGAUGAGGAGUUCCUGAGUAAAUUCACA